UGGCUGUGGGAGUGAAGCGCGCUUGCGCGUGGGAAGGGUCGGAGGAAAGAAGGGCGCUUAAGUGCUGGGGGCGUCCACAGGCUCGUUUCCUUGGAGACGCUCCGCCCCACCCGCGUCCUCUUCCCUUAAAAGGCCAGGCGUGGGACCGAAUUAGAAUGACGGGCCUGUGCGCGCUCCUCCCCCCCCUCUCUCUUUUCCUGACCUAGGGUCCGCAGGGCUCUGCUGCUGUGCGAUUUGGAGAGGCUGAGCCAGAAGCAUCUGGCGAGUUGCUCUUUCUGGCACAACUAGAGAAGGGAUCAGACCCCACGGAGGGAGCCGCCUCGGCCCUGCAGGUUCUUUGAGAAGAGACGUCCAGGAAGAACCAUGGAGGAGUUGAUUCCUGAGUGGAAAAAGAUGAAAAGAAUCAUCAACGAUACCGUGAACAAACGCAUGCAAAGUGGAGAGCGGACAGAUGCCUUGAAUAUCCUGAGUGACAAUCCUGAGAUCGUGUUCCGAGAGAGCCGGCGGCCUGAGAAAAUGCCCUACAUCUGCCACUACUACAUUGAUGCCCACUACUACGUCUGCUUAGGCUGGCAGAAGGUGAAAGAGUUGUACGGAGUCGUGUGGAUGCAGGAGAAGGCACGUGACUCCAACGUGGAGCAGUUUAUGUACCCUCUGUCCGAGAACAUACCUCCUGUGGAGGCGCUGGUACACACUGGGGAGCACCGGGUGCUGGUUGCCUACUGUGGGGACAUGUUCCUUCGAGUCUUCGGGGACCACUCUCGGUUACUUCAGUGCUUGUUUACUCUGCCCUGCCGCUUCUCAAUCAGCUGUCUUGCCUAUGACCCCAAGUCGAAGAUGCUGCUCUCCGGCAUCAGUGGUGCUGUGGUCACGUGGAUCAUUGAGCCCCAUGGGCGAGGCCUCCACAUGGCCCAGCAGGUGCCCAUGGCUGGCCGAGAGCUGGUGCAGAACAUCAACGUGGCUGGCCCCAAUGGGAACAUGGUGGUGCUCUGUGAGAACCUGGUGCGCACCUUCAAGUACAUGGGCCCGAAGAACUUUGAAGAGGCCCAGGUCUUCACUCCUCCAGGCAGCGGCUCAACCGUCACUUGUUCCUUCACCUGCAUGGCCCACGGCUACAUCUACGUGGGCAAUAAAGCUGGCCAGAUCCAGGCCUGGAGCCUUGACCGCAAGUGUACUUUUCACAAAUUUCAGGCCCACUCCCAGGCCGUGGUGAGCCUCCGCAGCCGGGCCGAGGCCCACUCCUUGAUCACUGCAGGGAAAGAAGGCCUGCUCAGGGAGUGGGACCUGACCCUGGGCAACCUCAUUAGGGAACUGGACCUUGGGGAAGAGCUGGUGCAGCUGUAUUUCUUUCUGUCCAACACCUUCUUCUCCCAGACCAUCACCACCUUCUCCCUGUACCACCUGCCCUGCUUUUACAAACUCUUCAGUAUCUGCGGGUCCGCUCCUAGGGAGGUGCGUCAGGUCUGCUGCGGCAACAAGCUUUCCCGAAUCUGCUGCUUCACUCAGGAUGGGCUCUUGCGCUUCUUCUGCCCUCUGACCGGCACGCUUCUGCUCCUGACCUGGCCCUUUGCCUACAUGGACCAAAUUGUCGACUGGACCUAUGACCCUGACCGCGAGGAGAUCUUCGUGGCCACGGGCAGAACAGAUGUGCUGGUGCUGGAUGCCAGCCGCUGCCCAUGCUCGGCCAAGUACUUCUUGUGCCCCUCCCCACAUGCUGAUGACCGGGUGCACUGUCUGGCCUAUGGGAGGCCCUAUCUGGGUCGAGGGCUGGAGGGCUUAGUGUUCUGUGGGCACGAGAGUGGCACAGUGAGGGUGUUGUCUCAGCAUAACUGUGCCCGCCUCGAGAAGCACCUGCACUCUUCGAAGGUGCUGUCGCUUGCGACCCUUUCUGGUGUAGCCUGCUCUAGCCAGGAUAGCGCCCUGCUCUUAUCCUAUGGCAUGGAUGAAUACUUGUACCUGUGCGAGGCUGUCCUCCAAGGGAGCAUAGUGUCUCUAGUGACUCUGACUAGCAUGGUCUCCAGCUGCCACCUUGAUCACAUAAGGAUUCUGCCCAAAUCUGUGUGCACCAUCACUGAAAACCACACCCUGCGCAUCUGGAACUACCAGGACUUUCUCUCAACCAACAACACCAAGGGGCGGGAGUUCUUCACGGAGACCAAAGCCCUGCACAUGAACUCCAUCACUUCCUUCGACGUAUGCGCGGGCCUGGGCAUCUUUGUCACCGGGGCCUCCGAUGGCGUGGUCAAGCUCUGGGACCUUCAAGGCAAACUCUUGUCCACCUUCAAGUCAGCCAUACAUUUUGGAGCCCUCUGCUUUGCCAAUGAGCGGGGAGACCUGAUGGUUACCAUCAACCAGAGCCUUUACAUAGUGUCUUGUCUGAUUUUGCUCCCUUCUCCCUACCUAAACCGCCUGAUGUCAAUGACCCUCGAGGACAAGGUGCAGGAGGUGCCCAAACCCUUCCUACCGGGUUUUUUCAUGUCCUUUCGGAGCAUAUUUGUGCCCCGCUAUGUCUACCUGGGCCAUGGGCAGCAAAAGAUGGACAGGUUGGAUAUCUUGCUCAACUCUAGGGCCAUCGUAUUUGACCACUCUGUCCCCUACGUGGUGCAGGAUAAAGAAGGUCUGAUCCUGUCCACCAAUGACAUGCCCUCAGACAGAUCAAAACUCACAUCAAUGAGAGAUCGUAGGAAGGAGAGCAAGCGCCAGGGGAAGAUCCAAGCCCGCACGACCCAGAUGUUGCCCUGGACCGAAAUAAGCAAACUUCCAUUGCUCCGCCGCUUUUUUGGCCAGGGCCGAAAGUGGAUCAUAGCGCCGGACGGCUACAUCCCCAAUUCAGUGGUGCGGGCUUUCCUCUGGCCAGAGGGCACGGCUGUCUUCCUGAGUUCAGAGGCCCCCGUGAGUCUGGGUGGCUUUGUGGAGGGUGCCGAACAGUUUCAGAUGCUGAUCACAUCCACCAGGGUGAAGGAGGAUGCUCACAUCGCCCGGACGAUUAAGGCAAGCCGCUUAAAAGCAAAGGAAGAAAGGGGCAGAGGGGAGCCCCGGGACGUCUUUGUGGACAACCGCACCAGGCUGUCCCAAGAGAUGAGUGAGGAGGCUGUGGAUAACCUCAUCGAGUCCUUGCUCACCUUCAUAGACACUUCAGACGAGGAGAGAUACAGAAAGUGCAUCAAGGUCCUGGGGCAGAUCUUUGCUGCCUACCAAGUGUCGCCCAGGCUGCGGGCGGCCACUGCCAGACAACUGGUGGACUACACCUCCCACAUGAUGGCCAACUUCCGCAAGCUGGCUUGGGAGGCUCUGGAGAAGCUGGGCUUCAUCAGCCACUUCUUUGCCAUCCCCUUGGCCUGGGGGCUGCUGGACCCUGAUGCAGAGGUGCGCCAGAAGGCCUGGGAACUGAUGAUGAGCUCCACCGGCAUCAGGAGCAAGAAGUCGCUCCUCAACUUCCUCCAGGCCGACGACCUCUUCGUCCUACUGCGAGAGUACAACAUAGGCAACGAGACGCUGGACCAGAUCCUGGGAGUGCGGCCCAACGACAUCCAGAUCCUGGCCAACCAGGUGGAGCACAACCUCCAGAACAACCUGAUCAAGAAGACCGAGGACAGCCGCACGUCUGUGAUCCUAAUCUUCUCCGACUCAGAUGAAUUCAAAGGCGAAGAGGCCUCCAAGGAGGAGCUGCCCCUGGACCUGGGCACCAAGAUGGCCCAGGACUCGGAGAAGUUCCAAAAAGCCACCCGGCGCGUGCGCCGCCAGGGCUUCCGGAAGCUGCUGGGCGUCAAAACUCGAAGAAAAUCAAGAGUUAGGAAAUCAAGAGACGAGGCACUUGAGAAAGCAACAGAAGACGAAGCUGAAAAAAGAAAAGAAGAAGAAGAACUUGAGAAAGAAAAAGAGGAUGCUGAGAAAGCAAAAGAGGAUGCUGAGAAAGCAAAAGAGGCACGCAAAAGAUCAAAACAACUCAAAAAAGUAAAAGAAACCAAGAAACCAAAAGAGAAAGCCAAGAAAUUAAAAGAUGAGGCACAGAAACCUGGAGCUGUCGGGGAAGAAGAGGUUGACCAAGGUAAGGAAUACAUCUCAACAACCCCAACCUCUCAACCAGAAGCCCUGCCGACCCCUGCAGAUGUGAGCCUAAAGUUAAUGAGAAAAACCAGAGGCAAAAGGGGCAAGAAAAAGAGAACAGAGCCUAAGAAGGAGGAGGACCUUGAGGAAAUAGAAGAAGUGUCCCUCCCCGACACAACGCCACUGGAGCCUGAACAGGAGCCGGUUCCUUGGAGGGAUGACAUUUGCCGACUCAUGUCCCUGCGUAUUUCCACCUCACAGGAACUCAUAGCCAGAGACUUGAGCAGGGAGCUGGUGACCUUGGCCCGGGAGGUACUGGUUGACCGGGAGCCCAGCUGGGAACUCUUUAGGGAAAUCUGCCCCAUAUUAAAGGAGCCAAGCAAGGAAAAAGUUGAAGUUGCAAGUGUAGAGAUGGAAGGAGAGGUUCAGGAAGGAGAAGCAGCUGAGGAAGCUGAGGAAGCAGAGGAAGCAGAGGAAGCAAAGGAACUUCCACACCCCAAAAAAUCCAGGAGGAAGAAAGUCUUCUUCAUUGACAAUCAAGAUCUCACAAAGCAAGAAAUGAAACUGGCCAAGCAAGAGAAGAGACUGGCCAAGAAAGAGAGGAAACUUGCCCAGCUGGAUCAUGAGCUGGCUUUAGAAGAGAAGAAGCUUGCGCAGAAGGAGGAACAACUGACCAAAGAACAGGAAAUCCUGUCCAAGGAACAAGAGGAACUGGUUCUGGAGGAGAUGAAGUUGGUCAAGGAAGAGAUGGUGCUGAAAAUGGAAGAGAAACUCCUGACCCAAAAGCACCCAAGCUUUGAAGAUGUUCAGUUGCUCAAAAAAGAAUGGAAGGCAGAAAAAGAGGAGGCUGAAUUAUCUAGGAAAGAAAUGAAGGCCAAAGAAGAGAGCAAAGUGCCCACGAAAAGAAAGAAACAGGAGAAGAAGUUGUCCGAUGAGAGAAAACUGAGCAAGGAUAAGAGAGAACGUGCCAAGAAGAGAAUGGAAAAAGCUCGGGAGGACAGAAUUCAGGCCCUAGAAGAGAGGAUACAAGCCCAAGAAGAAAGAGAAAUGUCUGUUUUGGCAAAAUAUGCCGCGGCAGAAGAAAUGAAGGCAGAGCAAGCCCCAGAGCAGUACUUUUUGUCCCCUGAAAACCAGGAUAUUUUGAAACUAGAGAAAAGCCUGACCUCAGCAGAGCUAGAACUGGUCCGGGAUGAAAGAAGUCACACUCAGAAGGAGAUAAAGCUGACUCAGAAAGAAAUUAAACUGCUGGAGAAGGAGAUGGAACUGAGCAAACUGAAGAGAGAAUUGCCCCAAUUGGAGGCAAGGCUGCUCAGGGAGCAGCAGCUUCUGGCCUUUCAAGAAGGCCAAGAGAAACAAAGGAAACCAAGUGUCAAGAAAAGGAAGCAGCACAUAGAGGAAGAAGAGGAGGUGUCCAUGGAAAAGACACCAAUUGCAGUGGCAGGAGCCAAGAUCCCAAUGCUGAAGAUAUUCAAGAAAGGUGAACCAACAGAGGGUGAGGAAGAGGAUAAGCUGGCCCAAUGGGAAAAAAGUCUGUUGAAGAGAAAACGUGAGCUGAAGGCAAUGGAGUCGCAGAUGGAGAUGGAGAUGCUAGAGGAGAUGGAGAUGCCAGAGGAGAUAGAGGAAGUGGAAAAAAGGCUGUCCAUUGAGAAGAGGAGGCAAAAAGUGGAACUAGAAGAGGAAGAGGAGGAAGAGGAAGAGGAAGAAGAGGAAGAGGAGGAGGAAGAAGAGGAAGAGAAGAAGCUGCCCAGGAGGAAAAGAAAACUGGGGGAGGAAGAAAGCAGAAAGUCUGUGGAAGCAGAGCUCAUGCAGCCAGUGAAAGUAGCCAAGAAGAGGAAGGAAAGAGAGGAGCUUGUAGAAGACUGGGGGGAGGAAAGAGAGGAGCUGAUGGAAAGGGAGAGACUCUCUAAGGAAGAGCCGAGGGUGAUCCCUGGAAAAAAACAGGAGGUGAUCUCUUGGAAAAAACGGGAGGUGCCCUCUAGGAAAAGGCGGGAGGUGCCCUCUGAGAAAAAAUGGGAGGUGCCCACUGGAAAAGAGCGGGAGGUACCCUCGGGGGAAGAGUGGGAGGUGUCCUCAGUGGAAGAGCGGGAGGUGCCCACUAGGAAAAAGAGGGAGGUGCCCCCUGGGGAAAAGGAGGAGGUGCCCCCUAGGAAAAAGAGGGAGGUGCCCCCUGGAAAAAAGAGGAAAGUGCCCUUGGUGGAAGAGUGGGAGGAGCCUUCAGAGGAAGAGUGGGAGGUACCCUCAGGGGAAGAGCUGGAGGUGCCCCCUGGGAAAAAGAGGGAGGUGCCCCCUGAGAAAAAGAGGGAGGUACCCCUAGGGAAAAAGAGGGAGGUGCCCCUUGGGAAAAAGAGGGAGGUGCCCUCUGGGGAAGAGUCAGAGGUGCCCUCUGGGGAAGCACGGGAGGUGCCUUUUGCAAAAAAGCGGGAGGUGCCUUCUGGGAAACAGCCAGAGGUGAUCCCUGGGGAAGAGCCAGAGGAGCUCUCUGAGGAAGAGCUGGAGAUGCUCCCCAGGAAAAAGCGAGAGGUGCUCCCUAGGAAAAAGCGAGCGGUGCUCCCUAGGAAAAAGCGAGAGAUACUCACUGGGGAAGAGUGGGAAGUGCCAUCUGGGGAAGAGCUGGAGGUGCUCCCUGGGGAAGAACCAGGGGUGCUCCCUAGGAAAAAGCGGGAGGUGCCCCCUGGGAAAAAGGAGGAGGUGCCCCCUAGGAAAAAGCGGGAGGUGCCUUCUGGGAAACUGCGAGAGGUGAUCCCUGGGGAAGAGCCAGAGGUACUCUCCGAGGAAGAGCUGGGGGUACUCCCUAGGAAAAAGAGAGAGGUGCUCCCUAGGAAAAAGCGAGAGAUACUCACUGGGGAAGAGUGGGAAGUGCCAUCUGGGGAAGAGCUGGAGGUGCUCCCUGGGGAAGAACCAGGGGUGCUCCCUAGGAAAAAGCGGGAGGUGCCCCCUGGGAAAAAGGAGGAGGUGCCCCCUAGGAAAAAGCGGGAGGUGCCUUCUGGGAAACUGCGAGAGGUGAUCCCUGGGGAAGAGCCAGAGGUACUCUCCGAGGAAGAGCUGGGGGUACUCCCUAGGAAAAAGAGAGAGGUGCUCCCUAGGAAAAAGCGAGAGAUACUCACUGGGGAAGAGUGGGAAGUGCCAUCUGGGGAAGAGCUGGAGGUGCUUCCUGGGGAAGAACCAGGGGUGCUCCCUAGGAAAAAGCGGGAGGUGCCCCCUGGGAAAAAGGAGGAGGUGCCCCCUAGGAAAAAGCGGGAGGUGCCUUCUGGGAAACUGCGAGAGGUGAUCCCUGGGGAAGAGCCAGAGGUACUCUCCGAGGAAGAGCUGGGGGUACUCCCUAGGAAAAAGCGAGAGGUGCUCCCUAGGAAAAAGCGAGAGAUACUCACUGGGGAAGAGUGGGAAGUGCCAUCUGGGGAAGAGCUGGAGGUGCUUCCUGGGGAAGAACCAGGGGUGCUCCCUAGGAAAAAGCGGGAGGUGCCCCCUGGGAAAAAGGAGGAGGUGCCCCCUAGGAAAAAGCGGGAGGUACCUUCUGGGAAACUGCGAGAGGUGAUCCCUGGGGAAGAGCCAGAGGUACUCUCCAAGGAAGAGCUGGGGGUACUCCCUAGGAAAAAGCGAGAGGUGCUCCCUAGGAAAAAGCGAGAGAUACUCACUGGGGAAGAGUGGGAAGUGCCAUCUGGGGAAGAGCUGGAGGUGCUUCCUGGGGAAGAACCAGGGGUGCUCCCUAGGAAAAAGCGGGAGGUGCCCCCUGGGAAAAAGGAGGAGGUGCCCCCUAGGAAAAAGCGGGAGGUGCCUUCUGGGAAACUGCGAGAGGUGAUCCCUGGGGAAGAGCCAGAGGUACUCUCCAAGGAAGAGCUGGGGGUACUCCCUAGGAAAAAGCGAGAGGUGCUCCCUAGGAAAAAGAGAGAUAUACUUACUGGGGAAGAGUGGAAAGUGCCAUCUGGGGAAGAGCUGGAAAUGCCCUCUGAGGAAGAGCCAAGGGUGCUCCCUAGGAAAAAGAGAGAGGUGCUCCCUAGGAAAAAGAGAGAUAUACUCACUGGGGAAGAGUGGAAAGUGCCAUCUGGGGAAGAGCUGGAAAUGCCCUCUGAGGAAGAGCCAAGGGUGCUCCCUAGGAAAAAGCGGGAGGUGCUCCCUGGGAAAAAACGGGAGGUGCUCCCUAGGGAAAAGCGGGAAGUGCCCCCUCAGGAAGAGGCAGGGGUGCUCCCUAGAAAAAAGCUGGAGAUGCUCCCUAGGGAAAAGAGGGAGCUGCUCCCUAGGAAAAAGCCGGAUGUACUUGCUGGGGAAGAGUGGGAGGUGCCCUCUGGGGAAGAGCUGGAGGUGCUCCCAGGGGAAAAGGGGGAGGUACUCGCUGGGGAAGAGGGAGAGGUGCACCCUGCAAAAAAGCGAGUGCGUCCUACAAAAAAGCGGCAAGUGCUCCCUGGGGAAAAGUCAGAGGUGCUUUCUGAGGAAGAGCUGGAGGUAUCCUCCGAGGAAGAGCCAGAGGUGCCUCCUGGGGAAGAGGCAGGGGAGCUCCCUGAGAAAAAGCAGUUGGUGCUUCCUGAGAAAAUACGAGAGGUGCGCCCCAGGAAAAAGUGGGAGGGGUUCCCUAAGGAAGAGCCAGGGGUGCUCCCUGAGAAAAAAAGGGAGGCUCUUCCUAGGAAAAGGCGGGAAGUACUCCCUGGGGAAGAGCCAGGGGUACUCCCUGGGAAAAAGGAAGUGCUGCCUCCAAAAGAGCCACAGGUACUCCCCAGGAAAAAGUGGAAGGUUCUCCCUGGAGAAGAGCCAGAAGUGCCCUCUGGGGAAGAGUUGGAGGUUCCCUCUGAAGAAGAGCUGGAGGUGCUCCCUGGGAAAAAGCGGGAGGGGCUCCCUGGGAAAAAGCGGGAGGGGCUCCCUGGGAAAAAGCGGGAGGGGCUCCCUCGGAAAAAGCGGGAGGGGCCCUCUGGGGAAGAGCCAGAGGUGCCUUCUGAGGAAGAGUUGGAGGUUCCCUCUGAAGAAGAGCUGGAGGUGCUCCCUGGGAAAAAGCGGGAGGGGCUCCCUGGGAAAAAGCGGGAGGGGCUCCCUGGGAAAAAGCGGGAGGGGCCCUCUGGGGAAGAGCCAGAGGUGCCUUCUGAGGAAGAGUUGGAGGUUCCCUCUGAAGAAGAGCUGGAGGUGCUCCCUGGGAAAAAGCGGGAGGGGCUCCCUGGGAAAAAGCGGGAGGGGCUCCCUCGGAAAAAGUGGGAGGGGCUCCCUCGGAAAAAGCGGGAGGUGCCCUCUGGGGAAGAGCCAGAGGUGCCUUCUGAGGAAGAGUUGGAGGUUCCCUCUGAAGAAGAGCUGGAAAUGCCCUCUGAAGAAGAGCUGGAGGUGCUCCCUGGGAAAAAGCGGGAGGGGCUCCCUGGGAAAAAGCGGGAGGGGCUCCCUCGGAAAAAGCGGGAGGUGCUUCCUGGGGAAGAGCCAAAGGGGAUUUCUGAGGAAGAGUUGGAGAUGCCCUCUGAGGAAGAGCCAGGGGUACUCCCUAGGAAAAAACGGGAGGUGCUCCCUGGAAAAAAGAGGGAGGUACUUGCUAGGGAAAAGCUGGAGGUGCCCUCUGGGGAAGAGCUGGAGGUGCUCCCUAGGAAAAAGCGGGAGGUGCUCCCUAGGAAAAAGCGGGAGGUGCUCCCUAGGAAAAAGCGGGAGGUGCUCCCUAGGGAAGAGACCGAGAUGCUCUCUGGGGAAGAGCCAGAGGUGCUCCCUGAGAAAAAAAGGCAAGUGCUUCCUGGGAAAAAGCGAGAGGUGGUCCCUGGGAAAAAACGGGAGGUGCCCUCUGGGAAAAAGCGGGAGGUAGUCCCUGGGAAAAAACGGGAGGUGGUCCCUGGGAAAAAAGGGGAGGUACUUCCUGGGGAAGAGCCAGAGGUUCUUUCUGAAGAAGAGCUGGAGGUACCCUCUGGGGAAGAACCAGAGGUGUUCCCUGGGAAAAAAAGGGAGGUGAUCCCUGGGAAAAAGCGAGAGAUGCUUCCUCGGAAAAAACGGGGGGUGCCCU